AUGUCCUCGUGGAUCGGGCCACCCGAGCAGGGAGAACACUCUAAAUCCGGGGCUACAAGACGCAAUCGGCCCUCUUCCUCCGAUGAGGAUGCUCCUGGCCACAAGCGACAGCGGACGGCAUUAGCCUGCAACUCUUGUAGGUUUCGGAAAUCUCGAUGCAAUGGCGCACGCCCAAUUUGUGCAACAUGCAAUGAUCUCGGCUUCGACUGUGUCUACAAAGGUCCAGUUCCAACUCCUCGAGCCCAGUCGAGGGAAAUGCAGUCAAUGGAAAAGAGGAUGCAGAAAUUCGAAGACCUACUGCGUGCCAUUGCGAACAAGGAACAGGUCAGCGAUAAUGGCGACGGGCCCAGUGUGCGGUUCGCAGCCCAACCUGCUGCCAGCAGCCCUAGGGGAGGAUCGGCUGCACAGGACGCCUCUAUAUCAGCCAUGUCCAGACUUGAUGCUUUCCAACAGCGGCAACCGAGGACUCAGUGGGGAGAGUCCGGGUCUGGCCUCCUAUCUGUGACACAGGACGACACUGUGGAUGGAAUGGGGAGCAUCAUUUUCGCAGACGAAUCCAGUUCAGGAUUUUUUGGUCCAUCGUCCAACUCGUCAUUUUUCAGUAACAUUGCCAGAGCUCUGGUUUCAGGGACAGGCACAAUGUCCGACGGUAGAGAUUUUUCACGAGACCUGGCGGGUAGGAUGUCACGACCACCAUCUCCGACCCCCCAGAGGAGAGGGGACCGCAGUCCUGUUAAUCCCUACAAGUUACCAUCACGCACUGAAAUGUUAAGACUUAUAGAUGUUUUCUUCUCUUUCACAGGCCAAUUCUUUCCAUAUCUCUCAAAAUGUCAUAUUACGCAGAUGGUUAAAGACCUCGACUUGGUUAGGCUUAGUGGUACGCGAAGAUCAUGGCUAUGCCUCCUCAACGCUAUCCUAGCCAUGAGCACAAGUCUUCUCGGCGGGGGUAGUGGACAUCAGGUCAAAUCGAGGGAGGUGGAAUCUGACAUCUUCUUCCAGAGAGCCUUAAUUCUGUCUCCCUGGACUAUUUCUAAUACAGCUAACCUUGAAGCAUUACAAGCACUUACAGUCAUGACACAAUACUUACAAGGCACGUCAAGAUCAGCGCAAACUUGGAGACUGCAUGGCCUGCUUGUGCAAGCUGCAUUUCAAGUCGGUGUCCAUACCAAAGAAAUCAACUCCAGGUUACCAGCAUUCGAGCAGGAAGUACGUACGAGAACCUGGUAUACAUGCAUUAUACUUGACCGGAUAUUCAGUACGACCUUUGGGAGGCCACCGCUUAUCCAUAACGAAUUGAUACAGAUUGGGCUGCCGCUUGAUAUCGAGCUUGAACAGUUACCAAAAGACGAUUCCAAUUUUGAACUUCCACAAAGACUUGAUUCGGGGCCAUUGGACUUGAUAUUUAUUCCAAGCAUCAAACUCUAUAUCAUACAGGGCGAUAUCAUUCGCGACAUUUACAACCAAAAUAUCGUCUCUGCUCACCCUCUUCGCCUGGAUGAGCUUUUCAGUAAAAUAAUUCAUUUGGAUCACGGUUUGACACAGUGGAAAAGUCAGCUGCACCCGGACUCCGGGCUACUACCCCUGGAUUCCAUCGAAGAUAUGGAUGUGGAGAAUUGGGCGCACACCAAGGUCCAAACAGUACUUACGCUUCGCUUCCUCAACGUGCGAGCUCUUCUUUUCCGGAAGGUCUUGGAGCACUCCCUCGAUGAAAUUGGGAAGCCUAGCGUCCAUUCUAACCAUAUGAACUGCUCAUUACCCGUGGGAGAAACUAUGAUACAAGCCUGCGCAGACUCUUGUAUUCAGACGAUUACUAUUAUUCGUAGGAUUGGGGCAAGAUCGGAACUGCUUCCUGCUUGGUGGUAUACAGCAUACUACGUUUUCAAUUCUGCGUUGAUCUUAUUCGGCGUCAUCUGCCUGCAAACCUUGGAAGAGACAGAUGUUCAAACAAGACCAGCAGCAGAAUUGAUCAUGUACCUCCAGACCGGUCUCGAAGCAUUGGAUGUUGUAGGGAAAGAGACUCGAAUUGUAAGGAGAUGUUCAAAAUACCUUAGAAAGAUAAUUCAGGUAUCAACACUACUAGUCCGAAACCAUGCUUCUGCACGGCAACUAGCCGAAGAUGGUACAACAUUUCUCAAUUUGUUACCCAAUAACGCUGUACCUUCUAUAUCUGAUGAAAGCACGCAAUCCCCAUUGCAGAACGAGUUUGGUCAAUUCUUGGUCGACGAGAAUUAUUCUUUCCUAGAUGCUUGGUCAGGACUAGUUCAAGAACCGAUGAUGAAUUUGACCAACCUGGAAUCAACACCGCAUAGGCAGAGAUAG